AUGUACCAAAAUGUGUAUUUACAGAAAUUCGAGUCUGAAGAAUUUUGCAUUGAACCACCAUCGGCGGCAUUUCAAAAGAAGGAUACUCGAGGAUUGAGAGCGAAAUUCGAUGACAUGGUAUCACUUCCAUUCGCCGUCUUGGUUGGUCCCAAAUCGGACGUCGAAGCAAGGCUUUUCUUGGAGAGGUCGUUUGCUGAUCUGGUUAGUGGAGAUUCAUGA